UCUUUACAGAGAUGGACUCAGAGGCCCCACUGACAGCUCCCCAGGGGCUGUGUGUUCAGCUGCUGCUGCAGGCGUGGCAUCUACACCUGACCCUUCCUCACGGCCUUGUGCACGGAGUCCCUGGUCCCCCAGGGUGCUGUCCACAGGACCUGGAUCACCUAAGCCAUGACUUCCCACGGCCCUGGCUCCACCUGCUUCAGUACAGCUGGAGCCCUAGGCCUGGUGGCGCUUCACACCCGUCUACACCUAGUCCUCUUCCGGGAUGGUGUCCGCCCGCGGUGCUAGGGCCCAGACUCCCUUUGUCUACAACCCGACAUGGCUCCGCUCGCUCCCCGCAUUGCCCAACCCACGAAGGGGCCCGGCCCUGGAGACCUCGAGGUCCUCAACGAGUUGAGGUUGAGGUCGCAGGAGCCCAGCGCCUCCCUUCCCCCACCCCUUUCCUGGAAGCCCUAAGCUGUGUCACCACUAGCAGGUGUCAGCUGCCCCGCCCUUCUUCCCUCUGCCUUAAAGGGGUCCCUCUCCCGAGGCCUCCCAGGGUCAUAGCUCCGCCGUGUGACCGCACCCGCGAGGGCUCAGAAGCCAAGGAGUAGAACGUGGGGGUCCGGGUUCUAAGCCUCCCCUUCUGGCGUGGUGUGGCCUCCUCGGCUCUUGGCCGCAGUUUUCCCCACCCGGGCAGGGGGGGACUGGCGCCCAAGCGGGCCUCCAGGGGACUGUCGGACUCGGGAAGGGGGCGGAGCCGCACCCCGGAGGGGCCGCUUCGCACAUGGGUUUGGAGGACCACUCCCGGCCCCACCCCACGAUGACUGCCCACAUCCUCCUGUUGCUUCUCGCCUCCUCCGUCCUGGGGGACCCGGACUCCGUGGGCAGGCAGCCCCGGCACCGCAGGCGCCUCUGUUCCCUGGGCACAUGCCAGACCCACCGCCUCCCAGAGAUGAUAUACUGGCUCCGCUCUGCCUCCAUCAAGGAGCACUCAGGGAAGGCCGGCCGCGAGCCCCAGGACCCCCACAGCUACGGGCGCCGCCGUCGGCGCGAGGCCAGGGUCCUGCUCCGUCUCCAGGACCUUGGCCUGAAGAAAAGAGGCCAGCGCAGUGCCCAGCUUCCUGGGUGACGUCAGGCACGUCCCUGGCCCUCCCCUGGCCUCAGCUUGCCCAUCUGUGUAUUGGGGCCACGACCCCAAGUUUCUUUUCCCCUAACUCCAUCACCUGGGCUCACUGAAAAACUGUCUCCCCCCGCUGUGAUCUGGGCUGGACCCAGGGGCACACCGGACCCAGCAUGUACAAAGAAUACUAACGUCCAGAGCCUAAUAAAACGAGU